UCCAAUGUGUAAACAACAGUUCAUAACGAAUUUUACUAUAGGAUUCGCAAACUUACAUAAUUCUAGCAAUGCCGCCUAAUAGUGAAUAUUUGGCCAUUGCUACAAAACGAGCCGAGGAAAAGAAAACCCACGUCAGUUUCCCUCAGUUGGUGUACCCUUCGCUCAGAGACGAUGGCCUAAGAGAUCCAGUGCAAUGGUUAACAGGAAAAGCUAUGGAUGAUGGUGCAGAGGGUAUCUGGAGGGUACACGAUGGAUUGUAUGACCUUGAACCUUUUCUUCAAAUUCAUCCAGGAGGUGCAGAAUGGCUAGAAUUAACAAAGGGAACAGACAUAACAGAGGCCUAUGAAUGUCACCAUCUGAAUCCAGCUGUCAACAAAGUACUGGAAAAAUACUAUGUUAAAAAAGCAAAAACGCCAAGAAACUCACCUUUUACUUUCAAAGAUGACGGAUUUUUCCGUUCAUUGAAACGAGCGGUUUGGACGGAACUCCAAAAGACGCCGAAGCACAUACACAAAAGAACUGAUAGGAUUAUAGAUGGAUUAUUUGUUGCUUUCCUGAUAUCUUGCGCUAUAUCAUGUAUAUCCAAGAGUUAUUGGAUAAUUAUGGCAUCAUAUUUAUCAGCAUCUUUAAGUUUAGCUUGGCUCACGGUUGCAGCUCAUAAUUAUAUUCAUAAAAAAACGAAUUGGAGGAUGUAUCUUUUUAACUUCAGCUUAUGGUCUUACAGAGAUUUCAGAGUUUCCCACGCCCUAUCUCACCACCUUUACCCGAAUACUCUUAUGGAUUUGGAAAUAAGUGGAUUCGAGCCAUUCGUUUUUUGGUUGCCAUUGAAAAAUCGAUUCUACGGAAAAUUUGCCAUCAUCAUCGAAUUAGCAACAUUCGGACUUAUUUUCCCAGUUAAUUUCUUAAAACGGUUAAUUUUGAACUUUUUGCGUAAAGAUUUCUUCUUGAAUCAUUAUCGAUGGCACGAUGUUCUUGGUUUCCUAACACCGGUCUGGAUGUGGGUUAUAAGCGGCUGCAGCUUUUACGAUGCAUUUAUAAUGUGGCUAUGGAUUAUUUGCACUGCUAGUUUUAUAUUCUUCAACAUUGGAUCAAACGCUGCUCACCACCAUCCAAUUUGCUUUAGAGAUGGCGAUGAAGUCGAUGAUGUCACUCGUGACUGGGGUCUUCAUGAAGUAGAGGCAGUCAUGGACCGUCGAGACAUCAACACCAGUUUCUUCAGAGUUAUGACGUUCUUCGGGCAUCACACACUGCACCAUUUAUUCCCAACUUUGGAUCACGCUGUCCUAGAAUACAUGUAUCCCGUAUUUCUGCAACAUUGUGAGAAGUAUCGUGCCAAGUUUCGUGUCACCACGCAAUUCGAUAUGGUUGUACAACAAAUUAAAUUAACAGCAAUGAAAACACCUACUCUUCUUGAAAAGAGUAAUUGAGUAGUUAAUAAGCAGCUGAUUAUCCUUGGGGUCCUGAGAACAAAAUCUCUCUAUAAAACAUAUUUUCAUUCCUAUAUUUGAAAAAAAUAGCGAUAACAAUAUAUUUUGGAAGUUUUUAGUCUCAGAAACUCAUGGUAAAUAAUGCAAACACUACUUUUAUAAUUCUUAAAUAAAUACCUUUAACACAUAGGCUACCUAUUAAUUUUUUUUAAUUCCGCGCGGACGGAGUCGCGGGCUACACCUAGUUUUUUUAUACAACGUCAGUCAAUAUAGAACAAACAAAGAUAUGCCAUAAGGUUAUCCACUCUUUGAUUGUAAAGUCAUAUUUAUUAUCAUUUUGUUUAAGUGCAGAAUGAACGAAAAUAAAAAAAACUUGUUAUUUUUUU